GACGACCACGACGCGAGGGGAGCCAAAACAAGGGUGAAUCGUAAAUCCACCCCAUCGGGCGCUCUCCCGGCAUGGGCAAGCAGGGAAAGGAACGAGCCAAAGCGAGGCGGGAGCAGCGGCUCCAAGAGAUCUCCCGGCUCCGGAAGCUACCUUAUUCAUCUGUUGACAGAUGGUGGUCGUCGGAGACGGUGGCCGUGGUGACGGGCGCUAACCGGGGGAUUGGUUACGAGAUAGCGCGCCAGCUCGCCGUCCAUGGCCUGCGCGUCAUCGUCACCGCAAGAGACGCCGAUCGUGGCCGUGCCGCGGCGGACGGACUCCGGGGCGAAGGCCUCAACGUGGAGUUUCGGCAGCUUGACGUUUCGCGUCCUGAAUCCGUGGAAUCAUUUGCAAAGUGGAUCGCUGAGAAGUAUGGCGGACUUGACAUCCUGGUAAAUAAUGCAGGCGUCAACUUUAACACAGGCGCUGAUAAUUCUGUUGAGUUUGCUGAAGAGGUCAUUGCCACAAACUAUUUUGGGACAAAACGGAUGAUCGAAAUCUUUAUCUCAAUGAUGUGUCCUUCUACUUCUGGUGCUCGAAUACUGAACGUUAGCUCAAGGCUUGGCAGAGUCAAUGGUAGACGGAAUAGAGUGGGCGACAUGACCUUGAGAGAGCAAUUACUAAAAGAUGAUUGCCUUUCUGAGGAGCUGAUUGAUGAUAUGGUCACUAAUUUCCUCUGCCAAGUGAAGGAGGGAACUUGGGCAUCAAAUGACUGGCCUCAGAUGUACACAGAUUAUUCAGUAUCAAAACUGGCAGUCAAUCUGUUCACCCGACUAAUGGCACGGAGGCUCGCCGACAGACCAGAAGGUCAUAAGAUCUACAUAAAUUGCUACUGUCCAGGAUGGGUGAAGACUGCUAUGACAGGUUGGGCAGGAAAUACUUCAGCUGAAGAAGGUGCAGAUACUGGAGUUUGGGUUGCGUUGCUACCUUGCCAACUAUUGACCACAGGAAACUUUUUUGCUGAGAGGCGUGAGAUCAGCUUCUGAAUUCAAUCACCUACUCUAGCCAGUCUGCAUUAGCCCUUGAAAUGAUGGAAACAGCUCGGUAUUGAAUCAAGCACUUAACUAACCACCGUCAAGGUGGCACUAACCCUAUUAGUGUAUGUAAUAUUUAUGUAAACUCAUGUUUUUCCUUUGGUGCAUCAGAUAUAUUGGGUAUAUUUGUUGUAUGUCAUUUUUGUUCCCAUCGGCUUUGGAUUCAUAUUCAGUUGGAACUUGAAAUAAACAUAUUUAUCUUGCAAUU